AUGGGGCCUGGAGCAGCUCACUUGCACCUGGAACUGUUUGUGGUUUUGUUCCCGCUGGCUCCGUUUCUCCUCGCUCACCGGAUGAUCCCAGUCUCCUCCACCGCCGGCCUCGGGGGGAAGCAGUGCUCGCAGAUUGUCGCCCAGCACAAUAGACUGCGCAGCCGGGUCAGACCCAUGGCAGCUAACAUGCAAAAAAUGGAGUGGGAUGAGAAGCUGGCCUUACUAGCAAAAGAGAUUGCAGAGUCCUGUCACAGAGACCCCGCCCCUCAACACCCCACAGGGCUCAGUCACAUUGGUGUGAUCAGUCAGCAUUUUCCUCGUGGCGUCGCCUCGUUUCAUGAUGUCAUCGAGUCUUGGUUCGAGGAGGGAAGGGAUUUUCUCUACUUGAGUGGGCGAUGUAGAGAGAACGCCACCUGUCAACACUACACACAGCUGGUGUGGGCCACUUCCAGUCAUGUGGGCUGUGCCAGCCAGCUGUGUCAGAAGGAAGGAGGCCUCUGGGACAUAUUUGUCUGUGCAUAUAACCCUGGGGGGAACUGGGAGGUGAAUGGCCGCCUGGUGACGCCCUACAAGGCGGGCCUGUACUGCUCCCUCUGCACGUCUUCCAUGUCUGGCUGCUUUAGACUGUGGGAUCAUGUAGGUGGAUUGUGUGAGAUUCCAAGGAACCCAUGUCGCAUGAGCUGCGGUCAGCACGGCCAUCUUAACAUCUCAUCAUGCAAGUGCAAGUGUGAUGCGGGCUUCACCGGACGCUUUUGUCAAGUACGGUGCAGUGUGCGGUGUGUGCACGGUCAAUUCAAAGAAGAAGAAUGCUCUUGCUUGUGUGAUGUCGGCUACGCUGGUGCUGAGUGUGCAGAGAAAGUGCAGUUUCCCUUCCACGGCUGUGACGUGAUGAUAGAUGGAGAGUGCUUCACUGUGUCUUCAGAGGCCGACACCUACUAUGGAGCCAAGAUUCACUGUCAGGAACAAGGGGGAAUUCUGUGUCAGAUCCACAGUCAGAAGGUUCAGGACAUCCUGGCGUUUUACCUCAGUCACCUGGAGACGAGUAACGAGGUCACCAACGCCGACUUUGAGACACGGAAUUUCUGGAUAGGUCUGACAUAUAAGCCUCUGAAAGACUCAUUUCGCUGGGACACAGGAGAGAUCUCUGGAUUCAGCAACUUCGCCUUUGGGCAACCUGACAACCAAGGUUUUGGAAACUGUGUCGAGCUGCAGGCAUCAAGUGCUUUCAACUGGAAUGACCAGCGCUGUAAAACACGGAACCGAUACAUCUGCCAACAUGCUGCAGAGCACAUUGCCCGGUGGAACGAUGGCAGGUGA